AUGCCUCCUCCAUAUGAAGAUACAGACGUCCGGACAGGACGAGCCACAGGAACGAAAAGCCCGGAACAAACAGCAUUACAGCAUGAAUUCCAAAUGCUAUCACCAGGAGCAGGAGCAGGAGCAGGAGCAGGAGCAGGCCGGGGCGAUAAAUCACAAGCCGCAGAGGCAGAGACCCUUCGCAGUCUAUCUCUGAGUCCGGCUCUCCGCGGCCGACUAUCACCCAUUCCACAUGGACCGUAUCAUCCCCCCGGGGUUGUACAUCUCACGACGGGGAAGAAACCAUCCGUCCUGAAGAGGUUUUGGAUCUCGAAUAAACCAGCUAUCCUUGUGGCUCUGUCACAGCUGUUCGGUGCGACUAUGAAUCUCAGCGCCCGGUUCCUCGAGCUGGAAGGCGAGGGCAUGCAUCCCGUGCAGAUGCUCCUCCUGCGACAGGGCGUCACAUCUCUCUGCUGUCUGGCGUACAUGUGGUGGAUGAGCAUACCGGACUUCCCGUUCGGCAAGAGAGAAAUACGAUGGCUUCUCCUUGCGCGCGGGUGCACUGGCUUCUUCGGCAUCUUUGGCAUGUGGUGGUCCAUGAUGUAUCUCCCCCUCGCGGACGCAACCGUCAUCACGUUUCUCGCCCCCGGCGUCGCAGGCUUCGUGUGCUAUUUCCUCCUCAAGCAGCCCUUCACACGCCUCGAGCAGCUAGCAACCCUAGUAGCCCUCCUGGGCGUCGUUCUCAUCGCCCAGCCCGCCGCUCUAUUCGCCAAAUCUCAACCUCCCGCCGACAAGAAGAAUUCCAGCACCGAGUCCAGAUCCCUCCCCGGGGCAGACCACGUAACCACGCCCCAGGAACGCCUUGUCGCCGUUGGCGUAGCCUUCCUGGGUGUUCUCGGCGCAGCAGGCGCAUUCACCACCCUUCGCGCCAUUGGAAAACGAGCCCAUCCCCUUAUUUCGGUAAACGUAUUCGCCAUGAUCUGCACCGUCAUAUGCGUAGCGGCGCUGGGUCUCGGUCCCGCCUUGGACAUUGGACAGCCGUCUCUGCGCUGGAUCCCACCGACCAGUCUGAAGCAGUGGCUGCUGUUGAUGUCCCUGGGCGGACUGGGCUUCAUCAUGCAGUAUCUCCUGACGGCGGGGCUGGCAGCGGAUAAGACGAACAAGGCGAACUCCAUGAUUUACACGCACAUGCUGUUUGCUGCGAGCUUUGACCGCUGGAUAUUCGGGCAUCGUAUGGGGUUGAUGAGUUUUGCGGGCUGUACGCUUAUACUUGGGAGUGCGGCGGGCGUGAUUUUUAUGAAGAAGGCUGCGCCGGUGCAGAAGGUGGAGGAUGUGGAAACGCAGAUGCAGAGUAAUUUGGUGGGUGAGGCGGAGGGGUCGCCUAUGUUGGUGGGUGUUGGGGGGUAUACGGAGAGUGUGAAUCUGGAGAGGAUUAGAUAG